AUGGUGUGGAGAAACCAGACAUUCAACUUUGAUUUCAUCCUGCUGGGAAUCUUCAGUCAUAGUCCCACCCACAUCUUUCUCUUCUCUCUGGUCUUUGGCAUCUUCCUAGUAGCCUUCAUGGGAAAUAUUGUUAUGAUUCUUCUUAUUUAUUUGGACACCCAGCUCCACACACCCAUGUACUUUCUCCUCAGUCAACUGUCCCUCAUGGACCUUAUGCUCAUCUCCACUACGGUACCAAAGAUGGCCUUCAAUUACUUGUCUGGCAGGAAGUCCAUCUCUCUAGCAGGUUGUGGAACCCAAAUAUUUUUCAUCGUAUCCCUACUAGGAGCUGAAUGUUUCCUCUUGGCUGUCAUGGCUUAUGACCGUUAUGUGGCUAUCUGCUACCCUCUCCGUUAUACCAUCCUAAUGAAUCAGAAGCUCUGUGUGCUCAUGACAGUUUCUUCCUGGAUCUUGGGCUCUCUGGAUGGUAUCAUUGUCCUCGCUGCAGCACUGUCAUUUUCUUACUGCAACUCUCUGGAAAUUCAUCACUUUUUCUGUGAUGUUGCCGCCCUUCUACCACUAUCUUGCACAGACACUUCUGUUUUUGAAAGAGUGCUUUUUAUUUGCUGUGUGGUGAUGCUGAUCUUUCCUGUCUCAGUAAUCAUUGGUUCGUAUACCAGAGUCAUUCAAGCUGUCAUCCGCAUGAGUUCUGGGGAAAGCCGCCGCAAAGCCUUUACUACCUGUUCCUCACACCUUUCUGUGGUUGGACUCUACUAUGGUGCUGCCAUGUUCAUGUAUAUGAGGCCAGCCUCUACCCAUACACCAGACCAAGACAAGAUGGUUUCAGCCUUCUACACCAUCCUCACACCCAUGCUAAACCCUCUCAUCUACAGUCUCCGCAACAAAGAAGUGUCCAAGGGACUUCAGAAAUUAUUGAGGAAUAGCAAGAUAAUGCAACAUCAUUAA